CCUUCUGAUGGCGUCACGGCGCGGCGACGCGCGGAGAGGAAGGUUGCCCCACGUGGAAGGAGAAGCAUGGAGGCGAAGGGGGAAGCGGCGGCGCUGCCUUUGGACCACAGCCAGAUCAAAAAAGCCACUCAAGCAUUACUUGCAUAUAACGCGAACAAAGAGAAGUCCGGAGAAAAAGUGCUGUUGGGCGUAGACCAGAAUGUCUUCCUGAUGAUCACCGUCUGGAAAAUCCCACCCAAGGAGCAAGUAAUCAAAAUAAACCUGCCGCAUAGCAUUCUGCCGGAUACCUCUGAGGUUUGCCUCUUCACCAAAGAUGAGCCUGGCUUAACAGCGGAACAAACUGAGAACUUGUACAGGAAGCGGCUGGACCAACAUGGAAUCACAUCCAUCACUGAGGUCAUCUCUUACAAAACAUUCAAAACUGAAUACAAGCCCUUCGAAGCGAAACGCCGGCUGCUGAACCGGUUUGCCCUCUUCUUGUCCGAUGAUCGUGUUCGAAGAUUGCUGCCUUCACAGAUGGGAAAACAUUUCUAUCAGCGUAAAAAGGUGCCUCUCUGUGUGAACUUGAAAGCCAAGGACCUUGCUAAGGAAAUCAACAAACGCAUCCACGGAACAAUUGUCCCCGUCACUAACAAGGGCAGUUGCUUCAUGGUUCGCAUUGGGCACAGCAGCAUGGAUGCAUCAGAGAUCACUGAAAAUGUUAUAGCAGCUGCCAGAGCAAUAGCUACCAAGGCUCCACAGAUCUGGAAAAGCGUGAAAAUCCUUCACCUCAAAACCAGCAAAUCGAUUGCACUUCCUGUUUUUCACUCUGCUUGCCAAGGUGAGGCUGGUGUUCAGAAAAAGGAAGACACUGAAAACCAAAAGACUGUGCAAAGAAAGAAAAAGAAAAGCAAGGCUAAACCCAAGACUAUGGAUCAGAAGGGCCCAAGCGUCGACACGAGUGAGGCUCCAGAAGCCGAAGUGCCUAAAACAGACAGGAUGGAACCCUCUCCCCUGAAAUCAAAAAAAGAAGAGGAGGAAGAGGAAGACAUUCCACAACUGGUUCCUAUCGAAACUCAGCCGCCUGAGAAAAAAGAUCAGGGAGCCAAGCUGGAGACGGGCUCUCCGAAGCUGCGCAGCAAAAGGAAGGCAGAGAUCCCUGUUUCACAGCCGGAAACACCCGUGGAGGCCUCCAUCUUAGAGAAAUCAACCCCACAAAGGCCUGGUCGAAAAGCCAAGACAGCCGCGCAGGAGAUUUUGGGAAAGACGCAGAGCAAGGAUUCCCAGCAACCUUUGGCAAAACCAACUGUGGCUCCCAAAAGGCCCAAAACUCCUAAAUCAGACAAGAAACCCCAAAUUCCCAAACGGGACCUGAGAAAAGUGAAAGUGCCGCCGUCCCUUUGAGCGGAGGAAGAACAUGGGCUAUUUUCGUAGCAAGAUCAAAGGAAGCUUGGCAGAGAAGACGUUUAAUUCAAUGCUGGUUCACUUGUAAAACGUCCUGUGAUUUUGUUUUCCAUUGCGGGAAUAAAGCGAUGUCCUGUUUUA